AUGCAUCGGUUGAAAGCGAAAAUUUCACGCCGGUUGCAUCGUUCUCGACAUAAAGAGCCUGCUGCCGACAAUCAGUCCACGUCACCAGACUGCAAGCGAAGUGACCCCAUUGAACCCGCAAAGGAGCUCUCGCAGAAGAGAAGUACGUCUGUGUCGAGUAAGCCGUCGAUCACCAACAGGAGUCAGCAUGAAGGAGCUGUGCCUCGAAGCCUUCCAGAGAAGAGAAGGUCGCUAUCAACCAGCGACACCCGACAUGAGGUCAGCAGUGUUAUAGGUGAUGAUAAAACCCCUGAUUCCAGCUUGCCCGAGAUUUGGAAGAAGCCAGACAGCGACGAGGAAGUAUCCGUAAAUCUCUGGAAGGAAGCGUUUGCGAGGCUCCUCCAGAAAACCCAAGAUCAUCUUCGCGAAUUGGGUUACGAACCGAGUUCGAACACCGAUCCAAGAGAUCUGGAUAUUCUGCUUAAGGAUCUCCGAAAGAAGGCAAAGGUCUGCGAUGAGAAAGGCUGGAAAUACAAAGGUGAAUUCGUACGAGACUACGCUGUCAAAUGCGCGACUUGGAUCAAAUGGAUCGGGGAUCUCGUCGUCCCGUUCGCACCCUCACAGGCUGCAGGGCCGUGGGGGUUGAUCAAAGCGGCUUUGGAGAUCCCUGUAGAGUAUAACAAUGCGAUGUUCGCCUUGCUUGGGACUGUCGAGCGGGUUCUACAUGCCACAUUCCGUGGCAGAGAAUAUCAGUCCGCCUAUGCAACCGAAAACAGUGAUAUUGUCGACACUCUACGGGGAGACCUGAUUAAUGUUUACGCAGCUGUCUUGGAAAUAUUGAGUUACAGCAUUAAGAUGCUAAAACAAUCGACCUGGGCUAAGAUAUUGAACACGAUGUUUGACAAAAGCUCGGGGCGAUUCUCGGAUCUGACUGCGAAGGAAGAAGAGCUCGCUAUGACUGCUCAGGCGUGCAGUGCAGCCACAGGUAUAAAGGCAUCCAACGACUUGCAGGUCAUCCGAAAGCGCCUACCCCGCAUAGAGGCCCAGGUGAUAGAAUCCUUGGAUGAGCUUAAAAGUGAGGAGGUUCUGAAGAUCUUAGAGUGGAUCUCACCAGUUAAGUAUGGGGCACAUCAUGAUACUGUGAGCGGCAAUCGGACACCUGGGACGGGCGAGUGGCUCUUACAAAAGGAUGAAUUCCGAGAAUGGGAAGAAAGCAGUUCUUCCGCCGUAUUAUGGUUGCGUGGCUCUCCGGGCACGGGAAAAACCUUCCUGACUUCGAGAGUUAUCGAUCAUGUCAAAGACACACUCGCAAGAGUGCCAAACGACGAAGGGUUUGCCUAUUUUUACUGCUACCGAGAAGAGGACAUCCGAACACGACCCCUUGCCGUAGCGCGGAGCUACGUGCGUCAAUUAUCUGCUAACGAAAGCAAGUCCAAUCCAAGCGAGACCCAUUCGCUGUACAUACGAUCCAGGCUUAAAUCCAAAUAUCUGUAUUUACGUACCCGUGCCUCUGAUCUUGGCUUGAAAACCUGCGAGGAGUUAUUGACCGAGUCCCUAAACCUCUACCCUCGAACUACAUUGGUGUUGGACGCUUUCGACGAAUGCGAUCCUGCUUCGCGUGGUGAACUCCUUCAGCUUUUCAAGAAGUUGCUUUCGAGCAGUAAACGGCCAGUCAAGUUGUUCAUUGCAAGCCGUCCUGACCGGGAUGUUCAGCAGCAGGUUCGCUCGCAUCCAAACAUCGAUGUUCAGGCGAACGAUAACCAGCAGGAUAUUGAGGCCUACAUUAGCCAAGAGAUGCCAAGGCUGAUCGAGAACAACGGUGCAUUCCGUGAACUGCGGGAAACGGUUGAGUCGACCCUGUCAGAAAAAAGCCAAGGAAUGUUUCAAUGGACCUACCUACAACUUAAACAGCUCGAAAGAUGCGUGUCAUCUGAAGCUAUACUGGAGUGUCUUCAGACACUUCCCAGAACCCUCGACGAUACGUAUAAAAAGCUCUUGGAGGAGAUAGAGGAAAGUCAUCCCCACGACCGAGAUCUCGCGCUACGCGCUUUCAAGUGGGUUCUGGACGCACGACAACCGCUUUCACGGGAAGCUCUACUCGAUGCAAUCCGCAUCAAUCCUGACAGUACGGAUGCAAAGUUGUGUGCCUCAAUCAGCGACGAGGCACUGUUGGCAUUAUGCCGCAAUCUUUUAGUCAUCGAUUCCGAGCGGAACGUAUGGAGAGUAUCGCAUUUAUCGGUGGCAGAGUUCUUCGAGCUCCGUAAAAGCUGGACGACUGCAGUCACUAACCUGUUGGUGGGCAAAGCGUGCUUGCUGUUUAUGUUGAGCGAAGCUUGGAAUGAAACCACACACAAGUUUCCUCGCUACCAAUGGGAAGAGACGCCCAAAUGGUCCUGCUUUACACGAGCAUUCAUCUACUACCUCUCCUGUUUCUGGCCAACACAUAUUGCGAUCUUAGACCCUACCUGCGUGUCGACAGAGGAAUUUUCUCCUGUAGUUGAGCUUCUAGAGAGGUUUCUCGGUGCUCCGCAGGAUAGCAGUGCGCAAUACCGAAUCUGGGCUCAGUGUUAUGGUGCAAGUUUAAGUCCUCCUGAAUACUCUAUAUUGGCCGUAUGCCAAUUUGGAUUCCGCCAACUAUCGGACUCAUGGUGGAAUAAUGGCGAGCUAAAUCUAGCCAGUACUAAUCUCCAUGGUCGAACCUACGUGCUCCUUGCUGCGGAAUAUGGCCAUAUCCAAAUCCUGCGGAUCCUUCUGGCAAAAGGUGGUACUGUUGGGAUACAAGGCGGACCCGACGACACAAACAAAUCGACGCCACUGAUCAAGGCUGCCUAUUAUGGACAUGUUGAGGUGGCCAAAUUUCUGGUGAAGGACGCUAAAGCGGACGUGAAUUUGGAGGUAGGCGGGGCGCAUUGGGGUCUAUGCGCAUUUGAAGCGGCCAUACGUCGAGAAGAUAUGGACAUGCUGCAGCUAUUGAUCUUUGAAGGCCACGCAGAAGUGAACGUGCGCUUGAAAUACGGUGGCAGUCCAUUGGCUAUGGCAACUCGUGAUAAUUGGUUGGAGGGCACAAAAUUCUUGGUGGAGCAGGGCGGAGCAGAUGUUGAUAUGGUUCUGCAAUACGGACCGUACGGUAGCGCCCUGGAUGCCGCUGCUAAAAAUUUCGACUCUCUGAAUAUGUUAAAAUAUUUGGUGGGAGUUAAACGUGCAAACGUGAACUUGGCCCCCCAGAUUGGUGAAUACGGGAGUGCAUUGGCGGCUGCCGUCAUGGAAGGGAAUCCAGAAUGUGUCCAAUAUUUGAUCGAGGUCGGAAAUGCUGAUGUCAACGUACCACUCUCGAGGAGAAUUGGUAAUGUGUUGACCAUGUCAGUGAUGAAUUGGAGAGUUGGACUCAGGCAGGCUCAUCUCGAGAUUCUGUCGACAAUGAAGAAGCCGUCCCCGGAUAUUCGUCGUUUCCAGUUCGAACGGAGAGAUAUUGUCCGGCUUCUGCUUGCGGCAGGAGCCUCUGUUGUGUCAGAUAUUGGGGAUGGGGUAAUCGUGGAUGCAUUUGAAUGUUUCAAUAGCGAAAGCUGGCUGGGAUUAAGGCCCGGAAUUAUGACUGAUGAAGAGUGCUCGGUGAUAGAUGCAAAUGGAAGGGAGAGCCUUAUUUGCGAUGAUGACGGUGCAAAGGACUAUAUAGAUGUGAAGAUAAUCAGGGCAGUCGGAAAGGCCACGCUUGUUGAGCUACAAACGGCAAUGUGGCAGCAAUAUAAGGGUGGCACCCUUGGCCUUGAAGAAGCCAGAUAUGUGGAACGGGUGUAUCGUGAAGACAAUAUCCUGAAACUUUCUGAGACUGAUAUGGACAUAUUAUCGACGUAUUUCAAGAAAGGUGUUAUAAUCUGA